AUGGACGCCUCCGAGGACAUUCGCUACGAAAGGGGCAUGAGCAUGAUUUCGCGACUUUAUCCCGGCGGCCUUUUCUUCGCAAUGCCGUUUCGAUCCAUUCGUGACAAGCCGGAGCUGGAGAAAGCGAUGGGCUUCUUGAUCAAUAUGAUGGUCUUCUGCAAGAUGAUAUCGGUGCGAUGCAUUUUCCAGCUGCCCUAUGACCUUUGGGAAACAUUUCGGCAGCACCCACGCACGCAGGAGGUGUGGGACAACCUCGAGAUGUUGAAGGAGACCAUCACGAUGGCCUCUUUCGGAGGCCAUGGACAGAAACCGAUGGUGCUUGUUGGCCACGACCGCUUCGUCAUCCGGUGCAUGCGGUACAUGGCAGCACAGAUGCUGCCGCGAUUGGGCGGCUUCGAUAAGGGUAAGCAAAGCACUGCUUUGCCGGGGACCUUUAUCUACGCAGACUUUGCUCCCAGAAACUUGGGCCGACUUCUGAAUCGGAUCUGCCAGAACUUGAUGGCUCAGGACUUGGACGAGAUUUUCGUGGUGAAUGCUCGCGAUUAUGCGGCCUACUCCUAUGCAAUCGAUGAGCUAUCUGGCUCCGAUGCAAUCGAUGAGCUAUCUGGCUCCUAUGCAAUCGAUGAGUUAUCUGGCUUUGCCACCAUUAUUUCGACACUGUCGACCAAGAGCAUGGCAUCCGUUGCAGAAGACGAGAAGGCGGCCGGCGAGGCGAACGCCAAGGACUUCCUGCUUAACACGGCCAAGCGGAGCUUGGAUGAGGCUUUCGGCAGCUCCGGCUCGUCCUCUUCGGAAGACAGCGACACGGAGCCAUCGCAAGAUGGCUUUGAGGAUGCUGCCGCAACCUUUGGGCUUUGCAAGAAGGACAUGCUCAGGACGCCGGACACGACCACACUGGUCGAUCUUGAUGCUCGUGCCACAGCCCUGGUGCUCAGCAAGAUCUCCCCGGUCAUAAUUGCCAAUGAUAUUUAUGAAAUGGGAGGGGAGUUGGAGACGCUGCUGAGAAACAAAGCCCUCUCGGCCAGGAAGAACCGAGCGAAGAAAGAGCAGGAGGAUGCUCAGUUCCAGAUGAAAGCGGCCGGCACGAUGUGGAAGCGGAGGAUGGGCUUGCUGGCCCAGCAUCUCGCCGGCCGCCCGCCUUCGUCGAUCCGGCUUUGUGCCGCCAAGACCCUCUUCGAUUGCUCGGCCGUGAUCCGCACCCUGCACAAGAGGAAGUACCCGGGCGGCAAGGAGGCUUGGGGCCAAGCACUGGACAACAUGUUGCAGGAAGCUCGCCAGGCAGCUUCGGAUGACUUGAAGCUGCAGAUGAAGCAGGCCGAGCAGCCUAAGGCGGGUAGGUCUGCGAAGCCGAGCAAGGAAAAGAAAGCUCCGGAGCCGGAGCCGGAGGCCUCGGAGAAUGAAAAGGAGUCGGUGCCCAGCCCAGUGGAACCGCCGCCCUACUGCGAUUCGCAGUCGGAGCAGGAGGAUGAUGAGGAGGAUGAAGAUGAUGAUGCUGAUGUGUUUGCGGGUAAGUUCCGUCUGCCCGCCAAGAAUGCAGACGGGCCGGCCGAUUUGGCCAAAGUCUCUCCGAAGGUGAAGCAGGCUCUGCAGAGCUUCGAUCGUGACGUGGUGGAGUCUCUGCCACAAAACCUUUCCCCGACCGAUUUCGGCUAUUGGGUGCUUUGCCUCGAGAAGGAGGCCUUGACGAAGAUGGAGUACUUCAAUCUGAACAUCGAAGGUCACCUUUCGCAGAAUUUGGGGACUGGAAAGCCCUUCUUCGCGAAGAUGUCUCUGAGGGCCCGCAAAUCCUUUGAUGAAUGGGCUCGGAAGAUCCCCGGUGUGACAUCAGAAGCCCCUGGGGCCCCUUCAGAGGCACUCAGGCUGCAGUAUUAUCGCAAAGUGGGGCUCACCCCAAACCCUAAACUUAGCCCUAAACUCGAAACCCUAAAACCCUAG